UGAGCUCAGCUUAAAGGUCGCUGGAAAUCAAGUGCUUUGUAAGUGAAGGCAUUUUGACUACAAGCGAUUCAAGACAUUUUAGAAACAUCAGUCUCAGGAAUAGGUCGUCUUUUUCUAUGAUAUCUGGUAUCUAGUGUUUUACUUAGGAUAAAGACUCUUACUUAAUAGCUCUUUUAGGCACCACAAAUGAUUUUUUCUUUCGAUGCAGUGCAGCUGCUUCUAGCCUGUCUACGGACAGAGAUCUUUGUUUUGACUUUCAGCCCUUAACAUGUUUGGAAAUGAGAACAAAUGGCACAAAGCUUACGAUUGCACUUUGCAGCCAGAAGAAGCAAUACUUACCCUUUGUCAGAAACCUCCGGAGAUGAUUUGGAUAGCCAUGUUCACAUGUGCUUCAAAAAACCAACGCGGAUUUCAACUUCUAAUGUUGUUCAAAUGAAGCUGACGCCCAGACAGACUGCACUAGCGCCGUUAAUAAAGGAAAACGUGAAGCCUCAGGAAAGAGCAUCUGUUCCUUCAUCUGAAAAUGUUAAUAAAAAGAGCAGCUGUCUUCAGAUUUCACUACAGCCAACAAGGUACGGUGGAUGUCUUCAGCCUAGCAAUGUCUUAGCUGAUGGUGACGAUGCUUCACUUACUUAUGUCUUGAAGGAUGGCAUUUAUAGCAGUGCUGUGGUUGAUAAUGAACUGAAUGCUGUGAACGAUGGUAACCUUUUAUGCAGUUCUGCCAUUUGUAGCGAUAGCCUCAGUAACUUUUCAACCAGUGAUAAUGGAUCUUACAGCAGCAACGGUAGUGAUUAUGGGUCGUGUGCAAGUAUCACAAGUGGAGGUUCAUACACCAACAGUAUCAUCAGUGACAGUAGUGGUUAUACUUUUCCAUCAAGUGAUGAUACUUUUUUUGGUGGAAAUUUACCUUCUGACUGCACCUCCAACAGAAGUGUGCCAAACAGGAAUGCAACUCCCUGUGAAGUUUUUUCAAGAAGUCCAAGUACAGUUCCCUUUGUCCAGGAUGACUUGGAGCAUGGAAUAGAGAUUAUGAAAUUGCCAGUGAACAGGAAUGCAAAAAUUCCACUGAAACGUUGCUCAUCCUUAGUCAUUUUUCCUAGGAGUCCUUCAAAUACCCCACCAACUUCUCCAACAAGUGCAGGUAUUCUUCCAAGCAAAGGAUCCUAUCAAACCUCACAUCAGUUUAUUGUUUCUCCUAAUGAAAUUUCACAUAAUGAAGAUGGUACUAGUGGUAAAGGAUUCCUUUCCACAGCUGUCAAUGGACUUCGAUUAUCUAAAACAGUUUGUACUCCCGGAGAAGUAAGAGACAUACGGCCACUUCACAGAAAGGGCUCACCACAAAAGAAAAUUAUUAUUUCAAAUAAUAGUCCAAAACAGACUAUCUGUGAAAAGUCAUCUGAAGGGUACUCUUGUGUUUCAGUGCAUUUCACUCAACAAAAGGCAACCACGUUAGAUUGUGAAACCGCAAAUGGCGACUGUAAACCAGAGAUGUCAGAAAUUAAACUUAAUUCUGAUCCAGAGUGUACCAAGUUCAUGCCCAGGAUGGCUGCCUGUUUACCAGCCACCCAAAACAUGGAUUACCAAAUAAAUAUUGAUGGAGAGUUGGAAAGACCAAAUUCACAGAUAAACAAAAACCAUGCUGUUUUACAAAGAAGUGUUUCACUGGGAGGAACUUAUCCAAAUAUUUCCUGUUUAUCCAGCCUUAAGCACAAUUGUUCCAAGGGGGGACCAUCUCAGUUACUCAUAAAGUUUGCAUCUGGAAAUGAAGGUAAAGGUAACAGUUUAUCAAGAUACAGCACCAGAGAUUUCACAAAUGAACUAUCUAAUUCUUGUAAGACAAGAGAUGAUUUCCUAGGUCAAGUGGAUGUUCCUCUUUAUCCAUUGCCGACAGAAAAUCCAAGAAUGGAGAGACCAUACACGUUUAAGGACUUUGUUCUUCACCCAAGAAGUCACAAGUCAAGAGUUAAAGGUUAUCUGAGAUUAAAAAUGACUUAUCUACCUAAAACCAGUGGCUCAGAAGAAGAUAAUGCAGAACAGGCUGAGGAAUUAGAGCCUGGCUGGGUUGUUUUGGACCAACCAGAUGCUGCUUGCCACUUGCAGCAGCAACAAGAACCUUCUCCUCUACCUCCAGGAUGGGAAGAGAGGCAGGAUGUCCUUGGAAGGACCUACUAUGUAAACCAUGAAUCUAGAAGAACACAGUGGAAAAGACCAACCCCUCAGGAUGACCUCACAGAUGCUGAGAAUGGUAACAUUCAACUGCAAGCACAGCGUGCCUUUACCACCAGGAGGCAGAUCUCCGAGGAAACGGAGAGUGUUGACAACCGAGAUUCUUCCGAGAACUGGGAAAUUAUAAGAGAAGACGAAGCUGCCACAUAUAGCAGUCAGGCCUUCCCAGCACCUCCACUAGCAAGCAACGUGGAUGUUCAGACUCACCUUGCAGAAGGAUUGAACGCCAGACUCACUAUUUGUGCAAAUUCAGCCACCAGCCCGACAGCGUCCUGCUCAAAUCAUUCCAGCAGAAGAGGCAGCUUACAAGCCUAUACUUUUGAGGAACAGCCUACACUUCCUGUGCUCUUGCCUACUUCAUCUGGAUUACCACCAGGUUGGGAGGAAAAGCAGGAUGAAAGAGGAAGAUCGUAUUACGUGGAUCAUAAUUCCAGAACCACCACCUGGACGAAGCCCUCGGCACAGGCCACAAUGGAGACCAGUCAGCUGCCAUCAAGCCAGAGUCCUUCUGCAGGUCCUCAAGCACAGCUCUCCUUGAGUGAUUCUGCACAACAAACGACCCAGCCAUCUGAAAUUGAGCAGGGUUUCCUCCCUAAAGGCUGGGAGGUCCGGCAUGCACCAAAUGGGAGGCCUUUCUUUAUUGACCACAACACCAAAACCACCACUUGGGAAGAUCCAAGAUUGAAAAUUCCAGCUCAUCUGAGAGGAAAGACAUCACUUGACUCUUCCAGUGAUCUAGGGCCUUUACCUCCAGGAUGGGAAGAGAGAACUCACACAGAUGGAAGAAUCUUCUACAUAAAUCAUAAUAUAAAAAGAACACAAUGGGAAGAUCCGAGGUUGCAGAAUGUAGCAAUAACUGGACCAGCAGUGCCCUACUCCAGGGAUUACAAAAGAAAGUAUGAGUUCUUCCGAAGAAAGUUGAAGAAGCAGAAUGACAUUCCAAACAAAUUUGAAAUGAAACUCCGCCGUGCAACUGUUCUCGAGGACUCCUACCGGAGAAUUAUGGGUGUCAAGAGAGCUGACUUCCUCAAGGCUCGACUCUGGAUUGAGUUUGAUGGUGAAAAGGGUUUAGAUUAUGGAGGAGUUGCCAGAGAAUGGUUCUUCCUGAUCUCAAAGGAAAUGUUUAACCCUUAUUAUGGGUUGUUUGAAUAUUCUGCUACGGAUAAUUAUACUCUUCAGAUAAAUCCAAACUCUGGAUUAUGUAAUGAAGAUCACCUCUCUUACUUCAAGUUUAUUGGCCGGGUAGCUGGGAUGGCAGUUUAUCAUGGCAAACUGUUGGAUGGUUUUUUCAUCCGCCCGUUUUACAAGAUGAUGCUACACAAACCAAUAACACUUCAUGACAUGGAAUCAGUGGACAGUGAAUAUUACAACUCACUAAGAUGGAUUCUUGAAAAUGAUCCAACAGAAUUGGACCUCAGGUUUAUCAUAGAUGAAGAGCUUUUUGGACAGACACAUCAACACGAGUUGAAAAAUGGUGGAUCAGAAAUUGUUGUCACCAAUAAGAACAAAAAGGAGUACAUUUAUCUUGUAAUUCAGUGGCGAUUCGUCAACCGAAUCCAGAAGCAAAUGGCUGCUUUUAAAGAGGGAUUUUUUGAACUAAUACCACAGGAUCUCAUCAAAAUUUUUGAUGAAAAUGAACUGGAGCUUCUUAUGUGUGGAUUGGGAGAUGUGGAUGUGAACGACUGGAAAGAACAUACAAAGUAUAAAAAUGGCUACAAUGUAAAUCAUCAAGUCAUACAGUGGUUUUGGAAGGCUGUUUUAAUGAUGGAUUCAGAAAAAAGAAUAAGAUUACUUCAGUUUGUCACUGGCACAUCCCGUGUGCCUAUGAAUGGUUUUGCUGAACUAUAUGGCUCAAAUGGACCACAGUCAUUUACAGUUGAACAGUGGGGUACUCCUGAAAAGCUGCCAAGAGCUCAUACCUGCUUUAAUCGCUUGGACUUGCCACCCUAUGAAUCAUUUGAAGAAUUAUGGGAUAAACUUCAGAUGGCGAUUGAAAACGCUCAGGGUUUUGAUGGAGUUGAUUAGGUUACAAAUAACAGUCUCUGGUGUUUUUACUGCCACGGUUUUAUAAGCAGAUUCUCAACUUCAGGUUUUCCAGGGAACUGCUAAAACUUGGCCACUGAUUCUUCCCAGAUAUUGGAGAAAAUCAUUUAAAACACUAGAAGAAAUAGUAUGACGGUUUUACUGUUAUUUCAAUCACUUUUAAGUAAUGUUUUGCAUUAAUACAGUUAUCUCAUUCUAUCUUCGGAGUUCACACUACAGGAUAUAAGUCCUGUGUGCCUGAAAUAGUGAGUUUAAUCCUUAACAUUUACCUCUUUUGCAGUAUUUGCCAGGCAGUUCUUUCUUAAACUACUGAAAUUAUAACUGUGAAAUAUCUGUGAUAAGUGUCAUGUGUGAAAAGUUUGAUGCUUUUUGAGAAGGAAAACUGAAAUUUUGGGGGAAAUACUUUAAUAUGGAGUAAACUACAAUAUAUUUAGUGCUACUUACACUAUUUAUUAUCUUAGACUUGCCUAAUGCACCUUACUGCCCAGAUUUUCGGAAAAAAACUUGUAAAAUGUGUUACCUAAUUUUUUAGUCAUUUGACUCAUUUGCAAAAAAAGUCAUUUACUUCUUCACAUCAAAAGCAUUUGGCUUUUGUUAAUUGACAUCCUUAUACUAAACAAGGUGGUUCAUAAGACAUGUGAAGUAAAUUCCUC